ACAUCAAGGUCGGGGCCGAGAAUUGACGACAUUUCUUAUUCCAGGCUUCGAUCUCAUGCACUUGGCCUGAGAAAUGAAUCCGAGACGGGAGAGCUCCCCCGCUCAAUGAUCACGCUCUACCAGUUCUGGUCACAUUACCUUGUGGAACAUUUUGAGUGGGGUAUGUUUGAGGAGUUUCGCCAGCAAGCUCUUUCGGAUCUGGCACGGGAGCCCUUGUGUGCUCUCGGUCUGAAGCACCUCGUGGCAUUUUACGAGUCUGUUCUUGCCAAGAAGGCUCGUUACCAUUGGAUGCUUCAGUUACGGCGAAUAGUGCACGAAGCGGCGGUUCUAGCUGGAUGCCAGUUGGAGGAGGUUCACAGUUCCAGGGGUCGUCUACACAACGUCCAGUAGUGCCUGCAUCCAGCAGCUGGUACUUGGGACAAGAUGAUCUCAAAGCUAUCUCUUCGGUUUUCGGAAAAAGUUGAAUUUGGACGGCGUUCUGAGGUUCGCGUCCAGAGGAAAUGACUGCAUUUUUUCUUUUAAUGAUUGGAAAGAAAAGCCUUGCUGAUCAG